AUUUAAUAAAAAAAAAAAAAACAAAAAAAAAUUUCCUCAUCUUUCCAAAGCAGUCGUUCCCAGAGAUAACAACUUGUAUCAAGGCUGAAAUAUCUCUAGUUUCUUCGGUAGUUAUGGGAGUUGGUCCCGUAAGUGAAAUUAUACAGUAAACUUAUUUUAAGUGAUGUGCAUCGGUGACGAAGAAACUUUUUCACAAAGAACUCAUUACGGAGGCACCAUGAUUUCAGUGACAAUCUAAUCUAUAUCAUUAAACAAAAGUUUAUCAGUUAUACAUCUCAAUGUUUUAUCAACUCAUCUUUACCACAUCCCAAAGUCAUUGCCAUAUCGGAAGUUUGUAUAUUCAAAAAGCACGUGAUCGAUAAUAACCGUUGUAUACACAUUGUCAGUAAUUGAUAUGAAAAUAAGAGUGUAAACUGAACAUUUACUUUGACGUUAGCAACGAAAAUGACUACUUUAAAUAUUUGUUAAAGGCAGUUAUAAAUUAAUGCUAGAAUUGGUGUAGGCAAAAAAAUAUCAACAAUCCAUUAUAUCGUACAUACUAUCAGCUGUGCAUGCUAAAUUAAUUCAACUAUCCCUAAUUGAAAUUUGCCGUUUCAUAUAUAAGGUGAUAAACCGCUGCGGAGUGAGUUGCUGAUAUUUAAUCGUGUGAAUGAUUAUAAGUAAAAUUUUACGCCAAUUAUCUGUAGAUUACAAGACGAUGUCUGUUACAGUUGUUCAUGCGCGGAAUUAAUUUUUAAACAUCAUCACGUGACUCGCAAGUAGUGACCAGUCUGUUUGUAAUUCCUGAAUAAUGAAAAUUUUUCUAAACUACGCAUUCGCUUUCAUUAUUUGCUGAUCAAUCACCGUGACUUGCAGCGCAUCGUUUCCGGCAUCGAGUUCGUCUUUUCCAAGUGACUUUUUAUCUGACAAAGACCGUGAAAGGUCCAAUCGAAAGCAUGCACUGCCCAUUUCUAUCGAACCUUUCGAGCAACUACGUUCGAAAUUACGGCUCUUCCCUGGUGUCAAAUUACCGACAACACUGCCCAGUUAUGUCCCGAAUGUUUAUCUCAUUACCGGCGAAGCCCCGGCUCCAGGAAGAACCGGUCACGGAAAAAGACCACUGCCCAUAUUCUCCGACUCUCAAUGUGCGCCAAAAAAAUGGUGCCGUUGCUGAGUCGGUCACGGUCAAAGACAAAGUCUCAAGGUCUCCUCUGCCCGAAUUAGAACCGUCAGAAUUUCCGUACGAAGAAUUCUUUCACAAGCAAAUAAUGCAGAAGAAACUUGAUCACUCUUACCGUAUAUUCAAAAAGGUGAAUCGAUCAGUGACGGAGUUUCCAUCAGCGAUGGAAUACUCCUGGGGUGAGAAACCGAUAACGGUUUGGUGCUCCAACGACUACUUGGGUAUGUCACGUCACCCGGAAGUCCUGCGGUCGGUGAACGAGGCGCUUAAGAAGUUCGGGGCUGGUGCAGGCGGGACGCGAAACAUAUCCGGUAAUUCGGUCGGCCAUGAAUUGCUCGAGGCGCGUUUGUCCCGUCUGCACGAAAAGGAGGCCGGUCUGCUCUUCACUUCCUGUUACGUAGCGAACGACUCGACCUUGUUCACGCUCGCCAAGACGAUGCCACGUUGCGAGAUAUUCUCGGACGCCGGUAACCACGCCUCAAUGAUUCAGGGCAUCAGGAACAGCGCAGUUCCAAAGCACAUAUUCAAGCACAACGACCCCAAGGAUCUUGACUCGCUGCUUUCCAGGGUGGACAAAACCAUCCCUAAGAUAGUCGCUUUCGAAACGGUCCACUCCAUGACCGGGGACAUUUGUCCCCUGGAAGAGUUGUGCGAUGUAGCCCAUCAUCACGGGGCCAUGACCUUCGUCGACGAGGUUCACGCGGUUGGAUUGUACGGGAAUAAGGGUGGCGGUGUCGGGGAACGCGACGGCGUCUUGGACAAGAUGGACGUGAUUUCCGGAACGUUGGGAAAGGCGUUUGGUAACAUGGGCGGUUACAUCGUAGGCAGGAAGACCAUGGUCGACUUUGUCAGGAGCUACGCGGCUGGUUUCAUUUUCACCACUUCGUUACCACCCACCGUUUUGUACGGCGCGUUAACAGCCGUUGAUAUAUUGGCUUCGGACGAGGGUAGAAGGUUGAGGAAAUCUCAACAGGAGAACGUUGCCUACUUGAAAUCAACCCUGACCAAUGCUCGGCUUCCGGUUGAACGAUCGCCGUCGCAUAUUAUACCGAUAAAGAUCGGUGAUCCGGAAAUGUCAGCUCGAUUAGCAGACACUUUACUGAGGGAAAAGGGGCAUUACGUUCAGGCAAUUAAUUAUCCAACGGUCGCUAAGGGCGAGGAAAAACUGCGACUGGCACCAACGCCGUUCCACACGAAAUUUAUGAUGAACAAUCUCGUUCGCGAUAUUGUCGACGUUUGGAGGGACUUAGGAUUGCCCAGAGUGACUUCUGUUCAAUGACGGUUAUACGAAGUUUGGUAUUGAAAUACGAAAUAACUAGUACUACAUUUUUAACGCAUGCGCAUGUAGAUCCGAAUUUAAAUUGUACAGAAAUGGAAAAUCAACGCAGAGGAAAAAAAAGUGAAGGAGAAAGAAUUCCUGACAAGUGUAGGUAAAAAUGUAUCGUGAAACAAAUAUCAUCACGUUUGACUUUAAUUCGCAAACGGCACGAAAUAAUCCGUACUGUAUGCGAUGAGCGAAAAACAGUCCUAAAUAUAUUGUAACCACUGUGAAAAUGUGUAAGUGACAAAUAAUGGACAGUUGGUUAGUUGCACUUCUGAUGAUAAUCGUUAGUAUUAUACAAUAUAAUAAAUGGAACGAUACCAAAAUGUAGUGCAAGAAGUUUGUUGGUCCAAUCUACUGAUGAACUUCUGGUAAGAGCAUCACUAAAUAAACUAUUGCAAUAUGUUA